GUCACUGCUUUCGACGACCACUCGAGCCCCAGCCGCUUUGGACAGAACCCAGCGUCCCGGCUUGUUGUUCGCGGAGCAGACGUGCAACAGGCAGAUGCCGAGGAGGCUUUGCGCAGAAGUCCAGGCCGGACUUUGCUGCUGGUCUACCCACCGCCUGGACCCAUGGCGAUCAGGUGCUUGACCAGCUACACCGGAGAUGUCCUGCUCUAUGUUGGUGAAGGCCGGGGUGGAGUGAACGGAGACAAUGCCUUCUUCGAUGCGCUGAGCAUGGGGUGGAAGCUUGAGGAGACCAUCGAAUUGGAUGCGCUCCCAGGGAGCUACGAGAAGCUCUACUUGUUGCGGCGUGCAGCUGACUGA